AUGUGGGCUUUUUCCAUUCCUGUCGUGGCUCUAAUACGUCAAUCCUAUCCCAUCCUCUCAGAACUUGACGAUCUCCUAAGACCACUAGUGGAGACUCGGAAUCAUCUGACGCAUCUACGAAAGAACCUCGACGCGGCUGGUUGGACGGUAUCGGUGCUGUCGCGCGACAGCGAAAGUUCGCGAAGUAUGGACUCACUUGAGCAAUUCAUCGCUGCCGUUCAGAAGGUGCCGUCGGAUUGUCGACGCCUUUUGCAAUGGACGCAACUUCUCAUUCCAUCUUCGUCGAUUGUAUUUCUUAGCCCCAUCGCUGACACAAAGCCGGAGGUUGCUGUGCCCAUCACUGUUACCCAGCCAAAGGCCAACGAUCGUCCUGCGCAUUUACUCGGGUAUGAGGUUUUUCAGAUGCUAUUCGCCAGACGAAUUAGUCAACAUUUGUUAAGGUCGCCUCCGUUUUUGGACGAAACGAAACGCUUGUCGUCGUCGUCCACGUCUACUGUGACGUCGUCUGACUCAUCACAGCCGUCGUCUAUUCUCGUGACCAAGCACAGUGGGGACAAGCCAAAGGGACGAGUCACCUUUGCCGACGAGCCACGCGAUCGCCCAUCAGUAGCGCUUUCCCAUGACAAUGGCGAGUGCUCGAAGGCUCCCCACAUGAAUGGCUCGCUGCGAUUCGCGAUGCCUUCAUCGGGACCCCAUCGUCUACAGGAGACCCGAAUAAUCGAGGAAGACGACCUUGAGUCAAACGUCAGCGAGGGAGAAAGUCUCUUCCAGGACUACGCCUACUUGGAUGACGUGGUUCCUGGACGAUCUAAUUCCUUCAACAAUGUUGCGAAUAACUCAAUUAGUGAUGAGGAUCGCCAGUUAGUUCGCUUCUAUGCUCCACAGCUAGAUCAACACACCGAGUCGCUCUCCCUGGCUAUUGAAGAUUUCUUGGGUACGGUCGAGAACAACUUACCGCCCCGAGAAUUUGUACAGAAAGGGAAGCUUAUUAUUCUGGCAGCACAUAAAUUAAUCUACAUUGGGGAUACGGUAUCACAGUGUGUGGGAGACCGGGCAGCUAGUAACAGCCUUCGACAAUGCGCCGAUCGGUUAUGUGAAUUGCUUAAGGAAUGCGUCAGAGCGACAAAACUCGCUUCUGAAGAGUACCCCGAGCUGAAGAGUAUGCAAGGAAUGAUUGACAGUAUCAUCGCGGUGUCGAAAACUGCACAAGAAAUGAAAGUGCUUGUGAAGCAAUGGUGCUAA